GGUCUGGUUAAGAUGAUCACUGACGAUGUUUCUAAGCGUGAUUCCGUCAGUAAGAUCCUCUUCCGUCGCCUAGCCAACCCCAUUCUCCGAACAGUAAUCUCAGGCACACGACCGACAGAUGUUACCACAACACGCACCACAGACACCCCGGCCUGUCUGUGGGUGAGUCUGCACAGUCUUUGGGUCAUGGAGGCUAUCCGCGUGGACGUAAUAGUAGUACAAGCACUGGAAGGCAACAAUGGGCUUAGCAGAGUGAGUGAGCAAUGCGUGCUGCAGUGA